AUGUCGGUUACAAGAAACAGACGUAUUUCCCUUGGUUCGCCGAAGGACCUGAAGGAAGUCAAGUUUUUCGACGAGGAGCCGAUUCCUGAUGUCCCUCCAAAGGGUGCUAGAGUAAAGGUGUGUUAUGCUGGGGUGUGUCUCACCGACCGUGAAGUUACCAACACAAAACAAGCACGUGUCACAAACGGAAUUAAAGACACCAGUCUCUUCCCAGGAUAUGAAGUUUCUGGAGUUGUUGAAUCAUUUGGAACUGAAUGCACACCGGAAGAGUAUGACCUCAAAGUUGGCGAUAAGGUAAUCGUUUGGCCAACAGAUGAAAUGUGUAGCCACGGAUACGCCGACUAUGUUGCUGUUCCUACACUUCACUUUCUUGUGAAAAUUCCAGACUCACUUUCGAUGCACGUAGCCUCUAUCCUGCCUGCCGGUGCCACUUGGGCGCUAAGUGCCGUUCUUCAGGCUCGUCCCAUUGUUGAAGCCUUCUCACAGUCGAAAGGAUUUUGUAACAUAUUAAUAGUUGGAGCUGGUGGUCUAGGACUCUGGUUGCUUAAACUCGCAAAGCACUUCCUUGCAGCACACAACGAUAGUUCCAGAAAGAUUCGUUUGAUGGUUGCGGAUGCAAAAGAAGAGAGACUCUGUCUUGCCGAGAGAAAUGGAGCUGAUUUCGUGGUCCACUGGGAUGACUCAGAAUUCGAAGAGUAUCUUAUAAUGCGUACAAAGGAUGUGGCUCGUACAGGAGUAAAUGUUGUCUUCGACUUCGUGACUUCGCCCAGAACAGUAACUCGUUCUCUGAAAUGUCUUGCUGAGGGAGGUGUUCUGUUCGUUGGCGGUCUAUCGGGACUGGAUGUACAGCUUCCAAUUAAACUUGUAGCGAAGAACCGACUUGCUAUUAUGGGUGUUACUAGGGGAAGCAUUGAACAACUGAAAAAUUUGGUCCACUUGAUCGCGGGUGGUCAGAUCGAAGCUCCUGAUUAUCGAGUGUAUCCUGUCAAUCAAGCCUCCCAGGUGCUGAAGCAAUUGUCAAUGUCGGAAGUAGAGGGACGAGCAAUUUUGGAGGUGUGUGAUCCAGAGGCAGCUCUGGAUCCUUCAAAAGCGGAAGCUGAGCUUCUCAGAUGGCAGUUUUAA